GCCGGGGGAAGGGGCAGCGGCGCCCCCCGCGGGCCGCCCCGGCCCCCGGCGGCGGAGGAUGGCCGAGGACUCGCCCAAGCGGCGCAAGGCCAAUUUCAACGAGGCGGAGACGGAGGUGCUGAUCGAGCAGGUGCUGAAGCACGAGCGGCUGCUGUUCGCGGCGGGGCCGGGCCGCGCGUCCCCGGGCCAGAAGCGAAAGGUGUGGGAGCUGAUCCGGCACAAGGUGAACCCGGUAGCCGCCUGUCCGCGCGACGUGGAGGACCUGAAGAAGCGCUGGCGGGACCUGAAGCGCCGCGACCGCAGCAAGCUGUGCCGCCUGUCGCAGGGCAGCGGGCCGCCGGGCCCCGCCGCCGCGCUCGGCCUCGGCCUCCUGCUGGCCCCCGAGGAGCUGCCGCCCGGCGCCGCGCCCGCCCGCCGCCACCACCACCUGCACCCGCGCGCCUACGGCUCCCUGCUGCACGCCGAGGCCGUGCCCAUCGUGGGCGGCAUCGACACGCUAGAGCUGCCCGGCGCCGCCGUGGGGGAGAUGGCAUUUAACGAUGAUCCCGGCCCAUCUCAUCAACCCGGUCUUGAGAAGAUGAACCUAAAAGAAGAGAUAGUGGUGAAAGUGGUAGAGCCGGAGGAAAGCUCUGAGGACAUGGCAGUGGUCCCACCUAGCCAGGAGCAGCUGCCUUAUCUGGGGACAUCGGGUAGUGCUUCCUCAGGGAAGGUAAAAUCCAAAUCAAAAGGCCGGUCCCAGGCAGAUCAAAUCGGAAUAACUGAAGCAGACCUAGUGCAGCUUCAGCAGACCCAGAUGCAGGUGAUCCAGUCUGGCUUUGACAGUGUCAACCACAAUCUUCGGCUGCUGCAGCAAGGCAUGCAGGAUCUGAGUAACAGCCUCAGCAUCAUGGCGCAUACACUUGUUGCUAUCAAAAACGUCUAUGUGAAAAACAACACUGGCCCAGCUACGUACACCACCGCCUCUACACAGACCACAGCCGGGUACCUGAGCCCGGGCUCUCCCCAGGUUUCCCCCACCGAGGACAGAGGCCGGGUGCAGAUGGCUGGGAGCAGCAGCAGGAGCAGCAGCUGUAGUUCCAGCUCCGCAUCCCAGGAACCAGGUCCUUCAGAGUUCCCCAGGCCCCCCCUGAGAACCAUUAAGAAAGAACAUCCAAAUGGCUGCUACUACUUCUGCUUUGCAGACAUGUGAAACUUGAAUAUAUGUACAGUGACUGUGGUGUUAGGUGCUGUUGUUUGUUCUGCUCCAGCCUGUGACUUGAAGGAGCAAAGUGGACUUGCCCCCCACAUUUUUCCCAGUGGGAAACAUUUCUUUAUAGGAGGUGGCAUUAAACACUAAAUACCAGUUCUGUUUGUUAACUCAGUUGCAGUUGGCUAAUGUUUUUCUGCUGUUCUCUUUAUCCUCUUAUUCUCUUAAAAACAAACAGAUUUAUUUUGACUAAGACUCUUGUCUGUAUUAUCUUUUGUUUAAUGUGACCUUUUGGAAAAUAAAAGGCAUGAGAUUUGGGUGAAAAAGUAACAUUAUGGUUACUGACCAGCAGGAGCUGUCUUACACAAGUCGCUUAGUUUUUUUAAUUAAACAAAUGGCAAAAUGA